CCCUCCACGUCAUAUUAUCCCCCCUCCCCUUCACUCUCACAGUGACUCACUCAUUUUCUUUUUCCUUCACGUUUCCUAGAAAGUAAACCAAACUAACUCCUUUUUUAUUUUCCUUCUUCAUCAUGAAUUUAUUUUUGUAAUUAGUCAUGAACACCUUAAAUAAAAUUUGUACAGCUCUUACGGUAAUCUUCAUCGUCUCUUUAGUAGUUCUCGUCGCAGAAAUUGUCUACGUUUUGUAUCGCCGGCGAAGGUUUCGGAACCGGAGCAGUGAUAUAGAGUUCAGCAGCGAAACGUCGUCAUUUUAUCCGACGACUCCUUCGAAAGAGCUUCUUUACUUCUUCUGCUGGAAAAAUAAUUUAACCACUCGGGUCGAACCUGAUCAAGCAGAGACAGUAACUAGAGGAAUAAUCUCAGCUGCUGCUGAUACUCCGACGACGACAGGUGUCGCUGAUGAUGAUGAUGACGUGGAUGAGAUUUUGAAACGGCACGCAAUGUACGGACCGUCUAGGGUUUUGUUUACGAUAAAAGAAGAGGAAAAGGAGGACAUUGAGAUGGAUUUAUCAUCGUCCGGCGAGAGAGAAGAUGUUACGGUGAGGAGUUUUACUUCGAUUGAUAUUUCUACUGUUGCGGUAAUUGAUAUUGAUGAUACGACGCCGUUUUCCACUCCUUGUGCUUCGCCGGAGUUUUAUUCUACGCCUUCACCGUCUCCUUCCCGUGAAAGAAUUUUAAACAAAAACGAUAGCAACUUGCCGGAGAAAUGAUCGACGAUUUAGUCAAGUAGGUAACAUUUUUAUUUACUUACUGUUGUGAUGUUGCCACGUAAGCAUCGGUCAACUGUUUGGUGUGGGGCUUAAUGGAUACGUGGCAAGAUCAGAUGGCUCUGUUAAUUUUGAUUCAGUAAAGUAGGGGAUGAAAAAUGACGAUCGUAUUUAAUUUGCUGGGACAUAGCCGUGGCCGCCUGUAAUUUUGAUGGCCGUUGGAGUAACGUUAACUAUAUAGAUACUGCUCAUUAAAUAGCAGACUGUAAUAAAUUCUCACAACCGCUAUUAUAUAGGCUGAUAAUUAUCGAGAUUUCUCUUCAUUA